ACGAGCCUGCCGUCCAGGGUAAUAUUCGUGCGGCAACCGCGAAAAUUCACCACUAAUCACACCUUUUUCUCUCAAAAUGGAAGGCAUGGACGCCAAAUUAGAAGAAAAUGAAACUCUUAAGGAACUAAUGGCUGAGAGGGACUGUUUAGAUGCGUCAUUUGUACAUGCCACACGACUUUUAACAGAAGAAAUUACGCGAGUGGAGAAUGGAGGAGAAAGAAAAGAGAAUGCUGCAGAUGGUGGAGGAGAUAAACCCAAAACUAAUCCAAAAUUGAUCGACGUCAGCUCAUCGGCGCCAAUUAGACUGCGUGUCAAGAUUCUAAUUCCUGUUAAAGAGCAUCCGAAGUUUAAUUUUGUAGGUAAAUUGCUUGGGCCGAGAGGGAACUCAUUGAAGAGACUGCAGGAGAUAACGGGUACAAAGAUAGCAAUCUUAGGUAAAGGCUCCAUGAGAGACAAACAGAAGGAAGACAAACUGAGGGAAGAAAGCAACCAAAAGUAUGCACAUCUCACCGAUGAUCUUCACGUCCAGAUCGAACUUGUAGGGUCACCCACAGAGGCCUACCACAGAUUAGCACACAGUAUUGCAGAAGUACAGAAAUACCUUGUUCCAGAUCCCAACGACACCAUCCGCCAAGAGCAGCUGAGAGAACUGGCCGUCAUCAGUGGUUCCUUCACCGGCCCCCCUCCCAACGCCCCCGGUCCCAGGGGGGGACCAAGGGGUGGUGGUGGUGUUAGACCCUCAGGAAUGGGUCGAGUGGGAUGGGGCGGCGGCCCCCCACCCAUGAGGGGGAUGGGCCAUCAUCCACAUGCCGUCAGACCCACGGGACACAUGCCCAGUCCAGCCAGGAUGGGUAGCCCACCAGGGCGUGGCAUGUCUAGAGGGGGCGGCAUGACCCAGAGGGGGUCACUAUCAAGUGGCAGCUCCAGAGGGAUGUCAAGAGCAGGGUACAGGGGAGGGGCAGGUGGGCCCAGGAUGAGCGCACCCUCGUACGGAUCACAUUCACAACAGAUGGAAGGUGCUGAUGACUAUUAUGAAAGGGGCUAUGACCAAUCACACUACCAAGGGUAUGAGGAUUCAAAUACCGGCGGAGCAUCAGGCUUUCAAGAAUUCGGCGCCGGCGAAGGGUUUACAGAACAUAGCUAUGGAGGGGCUACAGAGACUGAGUCGACGUGGCCAAGCGAGGGCGCACAAACGCGACUGAAGUACCCAUCAGCUAUGCACCAAAAAGAGACAUUACGCACACACCCAUACAACCGGUACUAAACUUCUCGAUUACUCUCUCAAACAAAAUUACUACCGGAAAAGUAUGCAACUUGUGUAUUGACCCGAAUUUGUGGGGUCGUGUUGGAAAGGAAUGUUGUACGGUCACUCAGCGUACAAAUGGCCAAGGGUCCACCCAGACUUUGGAGUCGGCAAGCAACGUGACAUACAUCACAUUUUCUGACCUCCACGAGACACUCGAAAGGAUAUGAACUUUGAACCUGGAGAUGGACAAGGUCAAGAGGUCAGAUUUGGGGGACGAUGAGUUGUGUAGAAUAUCAGUAUUUUAUGAAGCUCUUACCAGACGUAACACUUGCCACAUUGGAAUGCAUGUACCUGUACCCUUUUAGUUUCACCUUGUUUAUCACGGUCCUCCCUCCUGUUUUAUACCUAUUUGUUUCUCUAUUUAUUUUCUCUUUUUGUGUCUUUUUUGUCCACAUUGAAUAUUAUAUGAUGUUCUUGUCCAGUGCCCGUGUAUGAAAAAACACAAACAAUUAUUUUGUAGUCCCAAGUCUUGUUUGAUUGAUGAGGUUUAAAGAGAGAGAGAGAGUUUUUUUUUUUUGGAAUCAUGAGUCGCCUAUUAAGUAGGCUGAUCUCUUCAUCAGACCAGGGCCCUGUUUCAUAAAACUUGUUAUCAAUAACAAGUUACAAGCUACUGUUAUAUUAAAGCUACUGAAAUCAUGGCAUCUGAUUGGCUGAGAGCAAAUUUGUCAUUGAAAUUAGCAGUUGUUAUAGAUAACAAGUUUUGUGAAACAGGCCCCAGAUUUCCCUUCUAUCCCUCAUAGCUCAUUUUCUCGCACUUUCAACUUGCCUAGCCGUCCUUCUUACGCUUUAAUAGGCUGACGGUUCGGUGUCUAUGCCUCUUGUGCUGUGACAGACCUCUUUUUGUGCUGAACUCACAGAGAGAUAGAGAGAGAAUUGGAGAGAUAAUGAUCAAAUUAGAGAGAGAGAGAGAGACAGAAACAAAAAUGUAGGUAGGGGCAUAGGCUACAGAGGCCUUAUGCACUUUUUUGUUGAAAAAACUUACCAAUCUAUAUUUACUUAGCCUACUACCUUUCUUCCAAAGAAAAGCAUUUGUGUCUCUUCCAGAGAAAAGCAUAUGUAUCUCUUCCAGAGAAAAGCAUUUGUGUCUCUUCCAGAGAAAAGCAUUUGUGUCUCUUCCAGAGAAAAGCAUUUGUGUCUCUUCCAGAGAAAAGCAUUUGUGUCUCUUCCAGAGAAAAGCAUUUGUGUCUCUUCCAGAGAAAAGCAUUUGUGUCUCUUCCAGAGAAAAGCAUUUGUAUCUCUUCCAGAGAAAAGCAUUUGUAUCUCUUCCAGAGAAAAGCAUUUGUGUCUCUUCCAGAGAAAAGCAUUUGUGUCUCUUCCAGAGAAAAGCAUUUGUGUCUCUUCCAGAGAAAAGCAUUUGUGUCUCUUCCAGAGAAAAGCAUUUGUGUCUCUUCCAGAGAAAAGCAUUUGUGUUUAAAGGCAUACUGAGUUUGUCCCAAUCGUAUAGUAAUAUAUUCUUUAGCACAGGAUAAAAACUUGUGAUAUAUUUGAUAGUUUUAACAUGAGUGACAGACUCUUGAGAAAGUGGUUGUAUGCCUGUGUCGCUAUCUCUCUCUCUGUCUCUCUCUCUCUCUCUCUCCCCCUCCCUCCCUCCCUCUCUCUCUCUCUCUCUCCUCGUCUCUCUAUUCCUUUCUCUCUUUUUUUUGCAUCGUUUCCAUUUGUACCAAACUGUUCUCUCCCAGCAUCCCCGUUCCCCUUCCCUCCCCGAAUGCCAUACACAUUGUAAAACUCAUGUUUGCUCAAUUGCAGAGAAUUUGUACCAUAAAAUGGAGUGAAUAAGAACAAUCUGAUUGAAGAGGAACAGGAGUUGGAAAAGCCCUUUUUGACAUUUCUUUACUCUUCCUGGAAUGAUGCAGACCCUUUUAUUGAAAUAAAACAUGAUUAAACCACAGUCGCACAGUAAAACUGACUCCAAACAGACCCAUCCUUGGCCAUUCCGUGAUGUUUUCGGUCUUUCGCCAGUAUGGUGUUGGUCUCGUAGGUGUGACUGAGGUGUUGCAAAAUGAGUAGGGUUUGCAGCGUUCGAGUAAAAAAUAAACAUUGGGAAAAAUAAAUUUAUAUAAAAAUAACACUGUUCUAGUUAUUGUUCCUAUUCAUUCCAUUUUAUUGUCGCCUAUAAGAGCUGGUUACUAGAUGUAGAAAGUCUGCGUUUGACGUGAUGUGCGGCAUGACUCUCAGUGCCAUUUGCGUUUCCAAAUUCUUCAAGGCGAAAGGAAGUUCCGAUAUCCAUAAGAUAAACAAGGGUUUAAUCAUGAAAUUCAACUCAACUUCGAUAUAUUUGCGCUUCAAAAUUCUUCAAGACAGCCCAGAAAACAAAACAGAGCAAAAUAUAUAAUCACUGUUACCAUUUGCUUUUUUCUGCAUUUUCGCUGCGGCACAUUGAGCCGGCAGGUCGCACCAUCAGAGCAUUGUGUUCCCUCCAUAUCCUGCUAGGUGGCUAGUACCCCCUUCUACACUGAGCACUUGCAAUUUAUUUGGCGCAAGUAUCGCGUCACACGUUAUGAAUUUCUUGGCAAGAGGCCCGAUGUACGGAAUAAAUCACAGUCGUGCAUGAGUGAACCCAUUCAAUAAAGACAAGAUUGCACAUCAAACACAGACUCUCUGCAUCAGCAAAACCAGCAUUCCUCUCAUGUUUUUAGCUAUUGAAAUGAAAAGUAGUUUUGAUAGCUCUUACCAUACAUGUAGUUUUCCAAUAUAGAGCUGCCAUCACCUGUGCAUUACUGGUUGUACAUGUACUCCACGAUUUCAUGAAGGGAAGAAAAAAAAUGUAAAUGCCACAACUUUCAUGAAGAAAGAGUCUAUUUUUCUACUUUUUUGUUGAUUGUUGCCCUCAUUCAUUGUUGGGCAGUUUCUUGUCAAAACGUGUUGUUCAUUCGUGUGAGAGAGAAGCACUAUUCUUGUUUAUUUUUGUACAGAAAUCUAAACCAAAAAUAUGCUCACGUCUCUUGUGAAAUAUGAGCGAAGUCACUGCCACUUGUUUCCCCCUAGCCUUUAAAAGGCAAUGUGUUAUAUUCCUGUUUUGUGUUUUUGCUAUAAAGUCUUUUCUUGAUUUUUUUUUCUCUUUAGAUAGGGUAAAAAAGCAAUUGAGUUUAAAUAAAGUGUCAAAAGAAGAUAAAAAAAACUAUGGAGGAUAAGUAUCUUGGUGCUCACUACCUAGGAAUAAAAGCAAUGUUUUACUUUCGAUUGUCCGAUGUUACAGCAGUUAUUGACUUUAAAAAAGGAUCUUUCUGAUAAAAAUGACAAACCAGAGAUAUGCUUUGCACAUUUGAUAAUCUUGAAAGAACUAACCAAAACUACAUUGAGUCAAAUUAUGUGAAAAUCCCCUUUUUCUUCCAUUUAAAGUGCAUCUUUCAAUCCGGUUUGUGAUUGAAACAAAUCUAAAUCCCUGGCUCUCAGUGAUUGAAUGCUUCACAUCUAGUUAAUAAGUAGAAAGAUAUGUUUUUGCUGAUGGAAAUGUAAACAUACACAUCUAAUAUUUUGGCAGAAUUGUUACCGUACUCACAAUAUACACGUGAGAAUCUGCAUACAAAAGAAACUAAAACAAUAUUGACAAAGCGCUAGGCUGAAUUGGGGCGUGGAGAAUGCAUGGUUAUAUAUAAGUAAAAUAGUAAAUAUAAAGGUAAAUUAGUAGAUAUGUAUUGUUUAUUACUAAAUUGUAUAAAUCAUUAAGAGCAAAAAAAGAUAUAUAAGAUAUGAUUGUUUAAAGUAGAAAAUGGCCAUUUGUAUGCUUCCAUGUAAAUCACAAGCUUAUUAAUCACCUGUAGACUUUUGUUAUUGAAUUAUAAGUCGUAUUAAGUAAAGGGAAAAAUGUUUAAUGUGUCAAUUACACGUAGUUUCUUACAAGACAAUUUGAUGUUUGUUUAUAAAUCACUUCAUGCCUAUCUUACUAAUCUUCAUCAAAGCAUUUAAACAAAUUUUUGCAUGCACGCAACUCGUAGCAAGAAAAUAUGGUAAUCAGUAAGUAAUCUCAUAUAAUAAGUAAGUAAGAAUAAUUCUUAUUAAAGUGUAAAAGUGUGGUUUUUAUGUUUAUUGCAAAAAGCAUUUAUGAUAAAGUAGAAUUGCAUACGUGAUAUAUCUCUAAAAUCAAUAGUUUGAUGUGUUUUGUGGAACAAUAUAUAUCUGUUUGGUAAAGGAAAAAAAGCUUACAAUUGUUUUAUAUAGCACUGUAGUAGAGUAAUUUACAUAAUUAUUAAUUAUGAAACAAGUGUGUUUAAUUGCCUAGUUAAGAAUCUUGCAUCAUAUAUCAUUUAAUCUUUUUUCUACAAGCUGUUGACAAAGAACUUUGGUUCUGAAAUUAUAAAGAAUUUUGUUUUUCUCCUGCUUUAUAUAGAAAUAUAGAUUUUUGCUUACAUUGAUUUAACUAAAAAAAGAAGUGAUUCA